UUGAGGCGGGUUUGCCCGUCCUUCGCCCGGCUUAUACAGUGUACGGGAUGGAGAGGAAGGCCGAUUCCCGGGCAGAUAGCGGAUAAAGGAGAGGCGCAGAAAUAUUUGGAGGGAGGUGGGAAGGUCUUGGAUCCCCCUUUUCCUCAUAUGCUAACAGGAUUUCGGGACUGGCCACAAUUUCUCGAGGCAACGAUGGCUGUGCGAAAUGUGCUGGUGACUGGUUGCUCCUCUGGCAUUGGGCUGGCCCUAGCCGUGCGCCUAGCAAGAGAUGAGCUGAAACGAUUUCGAGUUUUUGCCACCAUGAGAAAUUUGGAGAAAAGUGAAGCCCUGAAGGAGCAAGCGGGGCCUGCCCUGGAUAAGAUGCUUGAAAUCAAAGAACUGGAUGUGACCAGUGAGGACUCUAUCAGGCGCUGCGUGAACAGCAUCCCCCAGCGCAGGGUGGAUGUGCUGGUGAACAAUGCAGGAUUUGGCAUGAUUGGUCCAGUGGAAAGCCAGAGCAUGGCCUCAAUCCAACACCUCUUCGACACCAACUUCUUUGGCUUGGUGCGCCUUAUCCAGGAAAUUUUCCCUGACAUGAAGCAACGAAAGAGAGGGCAUAUUGUUGUGAUGAGCAGCGUCCUAGGUUUGCAAGGUCUCCUCUUCAAUGAUAUCUACUCUGCCUCCAAAUUUGCUGUGGAGGGUUUCUGCGAGAGUUUAGCCCUGCAGGCUCUAAAAUUUGGGAUCAGAAUCAGUUUAAUUGAGCCAGGACCAGUGUUAUCAGAGUUUGAGAGGAAGCUUUAUGAAGAGGCAGCAAGCAUGGAUGUCUCAGGUGUGGAUAAAGAGACACUAGAUAUAUUCUACAACUUCUAUCUAGCCUACUCCAAGGAGGUCUUCACUGCCCUGGGGCAGACUCCAGAAGAGGUGGCUGAGCAUGUGCUGAAAGUGAUCACCUCUGAGAACCCUCCAUUGCGAUAUCAAACCAACAGCUUCUACACACCCAUCACCACUCUCAAACAUGCGGACCCCAGUGGGAACCUGCCUCUCAAUACUUUUCAUCAGAUGAUCUUCCAACAUGAUCGGCUCUUCAAAGCAAGUCUCAGCCUCCUUAAAAUGCUCCAGUGGAGGAAGAGGCGAGAUAUGGACUAGAUUGCCCCACAAGUAUAGAAGAUGCUAGCUGCCUCAGAGCCCUUUAUUCCCUAAUAGGCUUCUGAAAAGAAUCUGUUCAUUGGCUACAAGAUCAUACUUAUAGCUUACAUGCAGAAUGUUUUCUUGUAGUGCAGAAUGAGGUGACCCUGGCCUGAUUCAGUGUGUUUGGGGGUGGGUGGGUAAUGUUGCUUCAAAGCAAAAAGGAGUUAGAAUGAGAUAUUUUUGAUCUGAGGGUUGCAAGGAGUGUCAUAUUUUUGGUGUUCCUUAUGUAACAUCUUUGAAUAAGACAUUUUUAAUAAGCUAUGAUACCUGAAUCAAAAAUGUCACCUGGCAUUUGCAGUCCAAAGUGGUGUGAUCCAAAAUAGACCCUGUUGAUCUUGUACAGGACAGCAUUUUCCAAUCUUGGCAACUUCUGGAUGAGUGGACUUUGAAGUUCUCAUCAAAGACUAUCCUGGCUGAGGAAUUAUGAAAGCUGAACAUGGCUACUUUGGGGAAAUAAUAGAGCCAGUGCCCCAUUCGGUUAUAUAUAAUGCCUAACCUUAAAAAAAAUACACCAGGAGUCUCGUCUUCUACCUAAAUGCAUUCCCUACUAAACAUGUUUUCCAAUUCUUGACUAUUUUAGGACUUUUCUGAAGUUAGUUCUGAGAAUGAAAAAUGUAAUUAAAACAAUUCUUAAGGCUAAAGAAAGAGAACAAGUGCAUAUUUUAUACUGUUUUCUGUUCCUGAAAAAAAUUGACUAGAAGAACCAAUUACUGUAAAAUAAGAACAAUAUAAAAGGACAUGAAGAAAAAGAAGAUGAGGUAAUAUGGAAACAAAAAUGUCAUUAAUGUAGACUACUACUUUUCAGAUUUUUAUAGGGGAAAAGUCAGUUUAUAAUAGUUUUUUUGUUUCUUUUUCAAAGACAACUUGCCAGUUCACAAAUCCUUUUUAACUGGAGCAGAAGACUUGUAAUCAGAGUAGGAUCAGUUAGCUAAUUUGCAUUAUUGUCCAAAAGUAUGUACAUGAUACAGAAGACAUUCUUUUUUAUAUAUAGCAGAACCAAAAGUAUUUGCAUUACACGGGCAUUGACAGUUUUGAGGCCUGAGGAAAUCUUUAUACAUCUUUAUCCAGAAGCAAGUCUUACUCAGUUUAGUGGGCUUCCUUCCUAGUUAAGUGUUCACUGGAUUGCUUCCUCAGCUUUGCUCUUUUCACGUUCAAUAAUCUGUGAAAUAAAAAUUUCCAUAUAGGAAAUGGCUGCUGUAAUAUUGAUCUUGAAUCUAGAUGCAUUGUAAUCCAUUGAACUUCUAAUGCUACAUUUUCUACAAGUGACUUUUCAGCUCAAAACAAUUCACUGUUUAAAAUACACUGAUAGACCAAAAUCCAUCAUAAGUAAUAAUAUUAGAAUACUCUGAGUAUUGAUUGUUAAAUAGCUGUUUUUUUAAAGGACACUACAAGUUUACUAUGCAGCAGAGAAUGAUCUAGUAUAUUAAUUUCACACCCAUAUUAUGCAAUCCAUACUGACACAUACAAUACCUGGCCCAAAUCAAGCUUGCAGGAAAAGAGAAAAGGUACAGCUCUCCUAGGAAAAUUAUAAUUAACAAUGACAUGCAAUAAAACAAGACAAAAUAUGUGAUAUCCCUAUAUCUCAAACAAAGUUAAAAGAAUUCCAAUGAUUUACCAUGAUGUAAGGCUAUUUUAUCCUGGAGGUGCUGAUGCUGGCAUAAAUAAAACCCAAAAUGCUGAACACCAAUAACAGGAAGGAGCCUGGGUGGCUGUGUGCCAGCACUUCCCCUAUUAAUUUGCUUCACAAGAACCUUAUAGUAGCCUUAUGUCAAAGGCCAUUGUGGUCUUUGAAUCCUAAACUCUAUAUUUGCUACGCAUCUUGUAAACCCCCUCCCCCAAAAUCCUCACCAAAGUCUCUUAUUAUGAGCCUGAAAUAGAUGUACUUCAGCGACACAACAACUCCUUGCAUUUGUACAUAGCUAAGCUAGUGGUUCUAAAGCAAAACACUAUUUGUGUUAUUGUUUUAGGAUGAGAUAAGAUGUGCUUUAGAAGGCAACACUUCCUGAGGCACAUCCUAUCGUUUCUUAGACUCUGGUUUUUACGAUGACUUUUGAUAAAUAUCAAUGCUGUAGCUACAUUAUUAUUAUAUGUACUCCCUGGGUGGUGCUAAAUGGAUGACAACGACCAUAUGCAGCUGUACUGUUCUCUUGGGCCUCACAGUCACAACAAACUGAAGUGCAUUAUUCCUUAGUUUUUCAAAACCAGUUAGUCAGAUCUUUGCUUGAUAGGCACAUUAUCAAAUGUGCCACCCUAUUAAUGGCUUUCAUUGGAGAUUGCCAAUCUGAUUUCCAUUCUGUGUUGAACCCGCUUUUAUAAAGAUAGUUGCUCCUGUUGUGCAGCUGCCUAGAAAGUGCUUGACCAACUGACCGCAUUCAUGUCUAAUGGUAAAUUAUUUUUUGGUUAACCAUAGUUUACAAAGCACAGUGGAUGGUUUUUGCACUUUAUUGUUUAAUGCAAACCCAGCUAAGUUGUUAGCUUGCUGCACUGGAGCAAAAGCUGACCCUGUGACAUCCAAGAUCAAAUGUCCUGCUUAAGCUUCUCUUUCUAAAUUUUACUGGGUGGUUAUUAGAAUAAAAUUAUUUUGUCUUGAGUAUAAAUGUGCAGGUAGUUCUCAACGUAAAACUGUAAUUGAGCCCAGAACGAUGGUUGUACAUUGUGCCGGUCAAGUGGGUAAUCAUGACCAACUCAAUUCUAUGACUUUUUUGCUGUGGUCAUUAAGUGAAUCAUCAUGAGUUGUUAAGCAAAUCUGCAAUCAUUAACCAAGUGCUACAGUCAUUAAGUGAACCUGUUGUCUACAAUGGGCUUUUUUUUUUUUUUGCUGGAAACCAGACAUAAAUGCCUGUUUUCAUCAAAAAACAAACUAGCAGGAUGAUAGCAGGAUGCUGCAAAUGGACAUAUAUGGGGGCUAGUUUCUGAGUAACCAAAAUGUAAUCAUGUGUUACUGUGUAUCUUUUUUGGGGUCCAUUAUAACUUCAAACGGUCACUAAGAGACCUGUCAUAAAUUGAGAACUACCUGUAGUAAAUCAUACUGCAAAAGUUUAACAAUCCUUGAAGUUCUUGUUUAGCUUAAAACUAUAAUCCAGCUCAGCCUUUCCAACUAGUACCCUUCAGAAAUUUUAAGCCUACAACUGUUAUCUGGUUGAAAACUCUGGAACUUGUUAUCCGAACCACAUCUGGAAUAUUACAAUUCAAGGAUCUAUAGGUGGCAGUAUAAUCUAAUAUACUGGUAUGAGGGUGCAUCAAUCUAAUAGUCACACAACAUUUAGCAGGAUUGACAGACUGCUGGGAGUUGUUUUAAAACAGCCACUGCUGCUCUGGUGAUUUCAGGUAGCUGGAAAACACUAGAGAAGGCUUAGACUACAUGUUGAAGUUAGCAAUCAUUAAUCAAUAAACACAAAAAGUGACAGAAAACACAACUGAGAAAAGCAACCCUAAUAUAGGUGUGUGAAAUAUAUAUAUCAACUUUUAUCAUACAGGUAGUCCUCGACUUAUUAUCACAACUGAGCUGAAAAUUUACAUCGCUAAGUAAGACAGUUAAGUGAAUUUUGCCCCAUUUUACAUUUCUUGCUACAGAUGUUAGGUGAAUCUGGCUUCCCCAUUGAUUUUACUUAUCAGAAAGUCACAAAAUAUAAAUCACAUGACCCUAAGUCAUUGCAACCAUCAUAUAUACAUGCCAGUUGCCAAAUUUUGAUCACGUGGCCAUGGGGUUGCUGCAACAGUUGUGAAAAACAGUCAUAAAUCACUUUUUCAGUGCUGUUAUAACUUCAAAUAGUCACUAAAUGAACGAUUGUAAGUCAAGAACCACCUAUAUAUUUUUAGGAAGCAAGCCAAAACUUCAACAUUGUUUCACUCGAGAUCACAAUAACACCUUUAAAGGAUUCUGUGAGGGCACAUUGGUAAAGGUUCCCCUCGCACAUACGUGCUAGUCAUUUCCGACUAAGGGGCGGUGCUCAUCUCCGUUUCUAAGCCAAAGAGCCAGUGCUGUCCAAAGACCUCUCCGUGGUCAUGUGGCCGGCAUGACUAAACACCAAAGGCGCACAGAACGCUGUUACCUUCCUACCAAAGGUGGCCCCUAUUUUUCUACUUGCAUUUUUUAUGUGCUUUUGAACUGCUAGGUUGGCAGAAGCUGAGACAAAUAACAGAAGCUCACCCCGUUACGCGGCACUAGGGAUUCGAACCGCUAAACCGCCUACGUUUCGAUCGAGAAGCUCAGCAUCUUAUCCACUUUUUUUUAUUUAUUUACAUUUAUAUCCCGCCCUUCUCCGAAGACUCAGGGCGGCUUACAGUGUGUAAGGCAAUAGUCUCAUUCUAUUUGUAUAUUUACAAAGUCAACUUAUUGCCCCCCCAACAAUCUGGGUCCUCAUUUUACCUACCUUAUAAAGGAUGGAAGGCUGAGUCAACCUUGGGCCUGGUGGGAUUCGAGCCUACAGUAAUUGCAGGCUGCUGUGUUUUAAUAACAGGCUAUCUUACAGCCUGAGCCACCACGGCCCUGUAGCCACCACAUUCCUGCGAGGGCACAUACAAGCGUAAAAUUUGCCACGGGGUUUUUACAUGUAGUCCUCCACUUACAACAGUUCAUUUGGUAACCGUUCAGUUACGUCACGGCCAUUGUUCACACCACCAUUGCAGCAUCCCUAUGGUCACAUGAUCAAAAUUCAGACCCUUGGCAAUUGACUCAUAUUUAUGACAUUUCAAGUGUCCUGGGGUCAUGUGAUCAUUUUUUGUGACCUGAUAAGCAAAGUCAAUGGGAAAGCUAGAUUUACUUAACAACUGUAUAAUUUACUUAACAAGUGUAGUGAUUCACUUAACAACUGUGGGAAAAGAUGUAAAAUGAGGCAAAACUUACUGUCUCACUUAGCAACAGAAAUGUUGGGAUCAAUUGUGGCCAUAAGUUGUGGAUUAUCUACUUUGCAAGCAUUACAGCUUGGAAAAUAGCAUUUCCUUCUGAUAUUAAUUGGUUCUGAAGUUCACAUGCAAAAGGAAACAAAAUUUGCUAAAACUAGAAGCACAGAAAACUGGUGUGAAGUUUCCUGCUGUGUAUAUUUUGCUGAGCAAGUUUGUCAUGCUAACUACAACCUUGAGAAAUUUUGUAUUUUUUAUUAAAUCGGUGAAAUCUUAUAUCCAUUCUUGGGCAUAAGUUUACCUCUAAGGAAAAUAUAUGUUGUGGAAACAAGAAAUCCAAAAAAACAUACAUCAGGAGUGAGAAAAUCAUAACCUGCCAGCUUUCCUGGAAUUUUGCAGAAAUGAUUAACAAAUAGCAGGGAGUUUGGGGAGUUCUAUUUCAGUAACAUCUGGAAUGCCACAUGUUCCCCUGAAAGUUUGCUUUUGCCUUUGAAGAUCAUAUCAGUGUGAUAAAGUGACCAGCUGGCUUCUGACAAUCAAAGUCAAUUGGGGGGAAAGCUGGAUUUGCUUAAUGACCAUUCGAUUCACAUAACAACUGCAGUAAUUCACUCAAUCAUGGCAAGAAGGAUAUAAAAUUGGGUGUGACUCACUUAACAACCACCUUGCUUAGAAACAGAAAUUCUGUUCCCAAUUGUGGUCAUAAAUGAAAGGCCCACAAUAUUCUCCCAUUUUUCCACCAAUAUAGGUAGCGCUUCUUUUUCCAGAACUGAUGCCAAUCACUUGAAGGCCAUUGUGCUCUAUGAAAGCUUAAGCAAUGAUAAAUGUGUGAGUCUUUAAAGUUUCACCAGGCAUUCCGUUUUUAUUCCUGCAGUUCUUCCUCUUCCUCCUUUGAAAUCCAUUGCAUCUGCAUGGGCUGGUAGCCAACAGACCUGAAUAAAUACUAAGCAAAUAUUACCCAUUUAUCUGCAGGAUUAACUUCUGACUAAAUUUUAAACUCAGUUUUAUUUUUACAUUCCAACCUGGAGCAGUGACAAUUGCUUGCAGAAAGUAUUAGUUCUCUGCUUCCAGAAAAAAAUUGGGAACAAUUUUUGUUAAUUUUUACAUAUUUUUUACAUGGAUACUUAAGAUUAGACCAUAGAAUCACAAGGCUGGAAGGGACCAGAGUCAUCUUACAGAAGAGACAGGUGGCAUACAAAUUUAAUAAAAAAAGUAUAAAUAAAGGGAGCUUGGAGAUCUUAUACUCCAGCCCCUUGCUCAAGGCAGGAGACCUUAUAUACCAUGUUGGACAAAUG